UCUGGUGACUGAAGAUUACGUGGUGAAGUUAGUUAGCCAGCUGCUAGCCCGACAAAAAGACACACAGAUGUAACGCCUGGAGAAAUAUUUGCGUUAAACGUUAUUUCCAUUACAAUGAACGUCAGUUCUGCCAGAGUUUAUGGAGUUUUUACGAGUCAAGGCAACAGUGAGUAACACCAGAAUGAGAUCUGCAUAUGCCCUGGAUACAAGCCGUUCUGCUUUACGAGGACCCUAAAGUGUCUCAUUGACAGUUGGAGAGACGUUCAAAACAUUUCUUCACACACACGUCUAUACGCUACAUCUACACUACAGAGAUGUUCGCAAAGUUGAAGAAGAAGCUGGCGGAGGAGGCCGCCACUGCUCCUAGAUCAGGUCGCAUCCCUCGCUCCAUGAGCAAAGAGUCUAUCACUUCUGUGGGCGCUGAUUCAGGCGAUGACUUUGCAUCUGAUGGCAGCAGCUCCAGAGAUGAUGUUUCUUCUCAGAUUCAGCGAAGAAACGAUCAGAUACGAAAGCUGGAGGCCAAACUCUCAGACUACGCUGAGCAGCUUCGGCUAAUGCAGAAGACCAAGGAGAAGCUUGAGAUUGCAUUAGAGAAGUAUCAGGAUUCGUCCAUGCGCAAGCUUCAGGACCAGAAUGAAACUUUCCAGGCCAACAGAGCCAAGAUGGCAGAAGGCAUGGCCUUAGCAUUAGAGAAGAAGGACCAGGAGUGGAUGGAAAAGAUGGCUGCACUGGAGCAGGAGAAGUCGUCUCUGGCAGCCCGGCUAGAUGAGAUGACGGAGCAGAGUUUAAGUCUUUUCCAGAAGAGAGAUGACCUGGAUGAGCUGGAGGGCUUUCAGCAGCAGGAACUGGCCAAAGUCAAACACAUGCUGCUGAGGCGAGAGGAACAGCUAAGUCAGCGGGAGAAAGAGCUCAAAUUGAGAGGAGAGGAGUUGAACACAGCAAGACAGACCCUGAGCCAAACCCAAGACAAGCUGUAUGAGCUGGGAGAAGAACACGAGGAGAUGUCCAGGAUCAACUCACAGCUACAAGCUCAAAGGGAUGAGUUGUUGAGUGAGAGAACAGAGGCUGAGAGAAGGGUUGUGGCACUGGAGAGGAGAGAGCAGGAGUUACAGCAGCUGAUCCAGCAGGUGUCAGAGGAUUUCCAGAAGGCACAAAGCAAUGCAAAGGCACUAGAGAAAUCAAUGGAGCAGCUCCAGUCUGAACACAAUAAGCUAAAGCUACAGCACGAGCAGCACAAGAACAAGGUUGCAGUGACAGAGGAGGAGCGAGAGCGUCUAUUGGCUAAUCUGCAGGAAAAGGCUGCUUCCUUAGAGAGGAGACUAGAAGCGAACUUCUCUCAGGAUGAGCAUCUACAGGAACUGCUUAAAGAGAAGUCUUUAUUAGAGCAGAGGUUAGAGCAGUCCAGAGGAGAGUUACUGGAGGAGAGAACAAAUCACACCAUUGCGGUCAGUUCACUGGAGGCCCAGAUCUCUCGGCAGAACGCCAGCAUCACAGAUCUGCAGACUCUGGUCAAGCACAAAGAAGACUCGUCCAAGGCUUACAGAGAGAGGACAGACGCACAGAUAUCAGAUCUGGAGCAGAGACUGGCUGAGUGCACAGAGAAAAUGAAGAGUCUGCAACAGCAACUUGAAAUCAGUGAAGCGCAUGCAGAAAAGCUGAAGGCAGAGUGGGCAGAAGAGAGAGAGAGACUACAGCAGCAGGUCUCGACACAGAGACAGAGAGGCUUGGAGAAAACAGCCAGACUGGAGGAGGAACUUCUUGCACUACAGAAGGAGAGAGAAACCGAGGCCAGCAAGCAUCAGGACAACCUGCGGUUACUGGAGGAGGAAAAAGCUUCACUGCUGAAGAGCAAAGCUGAGGUUGAAAGCACUGUAGAAAGACUGACCGCAGAACUAGAGCAGUCCAGAGCGGAGUUAAUCAGCAGACAGACAGUAAGCGUAGAAAUUGCCAAAGCUCUGGAGGAAACCAGAAAACAGAGGGAGGAGCUCCAACAACAGGUCAGUAAAAUGACAGAGACUCUUGAGAAGGCGGAACAGGAAGUGAGUCGUCUUGCUCAGGAUUUAGGAGCGAAGGAGGAGGAACUAAACACGCUAAAGGAAGAGCUGCACGCUGCCCGUAGCAGUCUGUCUUCUCUGCAAGCUGAGUGUGAAUCUCGUCGUUUGGAGGCUGAGGAGCAAGAGCGAGAACUCAACUCUCAGCUGACAUCACUGCAGCAGGAAAUUCUCACAAAAACACAACAACUUUCUACGUACCAGACACGGGUGUCUGAUCUCGAGAGCGAGGUGUUGAGUUUAACAGCACAGUCACAUGCAGAUGAGUGUGACGGUGAGCAGAACGGGACGGUUACUGUAAGUGAUCUUGACCAGUUACAGAAGGUCAAUAAAGACAUGGAACAACAACUGGCAGAAAAGAACAAGACAAUAAAGCAACUACAGCAGAGGCUUGCGGAACUGAAGAGGACAUUACAGAAAGAGCUGAAACUGAAGCCAGAUCCUGAUUCUGAGACAAAGGAGAGACUCCAGGAAAGCAGGCAGGAGAGAUCAGUUGAUAAGACUGUCUCAGAGACACAGAUGCCCGCCACAGCUCCAACCCCUGCCCCAGGACUCACCCAAACUCCAGGCCCACCUCCCAUCACCCCCAACACCACAGUCACCAACAGUUCAGACCUUACCGACACGAGAGAGAUCAACUUUGAGUAUCUCAAACACGUGGUGCUGAAGUUUAUGUCAUCCAGAGAGGCAGAGGCUUUCCAGCUCAUCAGAGCCGUUUCUGUACUUCUGCAUUUCACGAAAGAAGAGGAGGACAUGCUCAAACAGACACUGGAGUACAAGAUGUCGUGGUUUGGUUCCAAACCCUCACCCAAAGGUAUCAUACGGCCUUCCAUCUCAGGAACCUCAAGUUGGAGCUGAGAGACAAAUACUCAGAGACGAAAUGAAAGAGGAACAGUAGAAAAACUACUGACGUCCGAAGGGAGCAAUUGCCGACUCCGCGGUUUCAAUCUCUGCCUCAACAGUUCCUAUGUAGCUCAUGCCCUUUAAACAAUGGGACACAAAAACAACACUGUCCAUUUUUCACUAAAAAUUGCAGGGACUGGAAACAAAUGCUUUAAGAACAUCAUCUUUUCGUGACUGGGGAAUUUUAUCUUUUAAGUAAUGGUUAAAAGGCAGCAUCCGUCUCACUCAUGUACUCUGUAGUUUCAUUCGCUUUGAGAAAACUACAACUGCUUUCUAACAUCCUUCAACUGGAACAGGAUGGAAAACAAUUCUGAUUUUCAUUUACAUUUUUGUAGCUCCAAUCUGAAUCCACUGCUCCGUUUCAGUAGUAUUUAUGAAGACAAUAAACGCCUGUCAUUUUCCUUCAAUUCUGGACGUCAAUGAAAAUCAGGAAUGGGAUGUCAUAAACUGUCGUGAUUUUGAAUAUGUGAAAGCAUCUUACUUUAAUCUGCCUUGUUUAUGUGUAAAGUACAUUCCAUGCAAGUAUUUAUAUAUGAAUACCUGUAUAUAAGUGACAAGAGGAUUUAUAAAUCAGUGGAUGCAUAACUUAAUGUUUCUUUUUGUCAUCGUACACAUGCAUUAGUCUCCAAACUGUGUUCAUACGAGUGUGUAUGUAUGUAUAUGUGUGUGAGAUUCUUCACUGUGGGCUUGAAACUGUAAUAUAGAGGCAUAUAUGCACAGACCGAGGAAACAAGCAUGCAUGCCUUAUACCGAAUGCUUUGAUUGUACUUUGGUUUUGAGUGUCUACUGAAGCAUUUGAGUACACUUGAAGCCUUAACGUUCAAGGCUAACUGCAUUUGUAUUUCUCUGAGAACAUGUUGAUAGAAACAGCUUUCCUUCAUUUUUAUCUGUGAAAACAAAGUGGGUUUCAGACGGGGCCAGUGUUUUGCUGUCAGAACAAUGUAAUUUUGUGUGUUUUAACACUUUUAAGGCCACAUCAGCACUAAGGUUAACACUGAAUGACAGAUUCUUCUUUCUGGUAAAAAAUAGCUGGAUAGAGACUUGAACAUCUCUGCGGGAUGCUUAACGUGUGUUUCCUGUUUUCAGAAAAUGAAACCCAAAGAUUUCUGUUUUAUGUAAAGACCGAUGGAAUUCCUAUUAUGAAGCUUGAAUCAAUCAAAUUUCUUUUGCCGUAAAUGAGGGUUCUCUGGAAAAUGCAAAUGGCCUGUGUAUGAACCGCUUAGGAAUGAGAUUUCUAUUGAAGGAUCCAAAAUGCACUUUUCUACAACUGUAUUCAUGUUUGGUUUGAUGUUAUGAUACUGCAGCUGUCACAGUAUCCAUUGCCUCUGCUUUCAGCAAAAUACCACUACAUCCUUACUUUGGUUUCACUUCAUGGUAUGUCAGGAAUAUCAAAACUUGAUAAAAAUUAAAAUCUUUCUCAGUGA